AUGAGACAGGCUAAAUUCUUGACCCAAGCUCAAAUAAACGAGUUCAAGGAGUGCUUCUCUCUGUAUGACAAGAAGAGAAAGGGCAAGAUUGAGGCGAAAGACCUGAUCACUGUCAUGCGCUGUUUGGGCACUAGUCCAACCUUCAGUGAAGUGGACCGACACCUACAGAUCCACAAGAUAGGUAAGAAUGGGGAGCUGGACUUCUCCACAUUUCUAACCAUGAUGCACAGACAGAUGCAACAGGAGGACCCCAAGGUUGAGAUCAUGGAGGCCCUGGCUAUGACCGACAAGCAAAAAAAGGGUUACAUCAUGGCCUCUGAACUGCGAGCCAAACUCACAGGCCUGGGGGAGAAGCUCACUGAUCAGGAAGUGGACGAGCUGUUCCGUGAGGUUAACGUGGGGCCAGAUGGACGCAUAUACUAUGAGCAGUUCACCAAAAUGGCCUCCCUCCAUCCAAGAAACUACUGA